ACUGAUGGACUCACUAUCAAGUGCAAAGAGUUUGAGGGUAGGGUCAAACCCUACUUAUUCCAAGUUGUAGGGGACAAUCUUGGCAUUCAUGCCAUGCUGGGAUGUACAACCUGUUUCCGUGCCAACUAUUACUGUAGAUUCUGUAGAGGGCAUCGCUCGUUGCUUCAGAAACAGCCAAAAGAGGAUGCCCAAUAUCUCCGUGAUGAAAUAAACUAUGAUACAGAUCUUCAAAAGCCCUUGUCAGAAUCUGGCUUGAAGCAUGCAACAGUUUUGAAUGAAUUGCCUUACUACCAUUCCACCCAAAACUUAUGUCCAGAUGUAAUGCAUGAUUUUACAGAGGGAGUCUUGCCCCUGGAAAUGCACCUUGUUUUGAGUAAACUUGUUCAGAAGGGUUUCAUAACACUGGAUGAGGUGAACAGUAGAAUAUCCUCAUUCAAUUUUGGCUUUGUGGACCGCAAAAACAGACCAAGCCCAAUCAGGCAGGCAUCACUGAAGAAUCCAUAUUCUGCCAGUGGACAGACAUCAGCACAGAUGACGUGCCUUGCAUACAACAUCCCUCUCAUGAUAGGAGACAAGAUUGAUGAGAUGUGUGAUGAGUGGGAACUCUUACUGUCAAUCAUUGACAUCUUCAAAAUCAUUAUGAGUCCCAGUAUCAGUAAGUCUGCCAUCUAUGUCCUGAAGGCAAUGAUUGAUGAUCACCACAGGCUCUUCAUGCAGCUCUUCCCUGAAGCUAGUCUAACUCCGAAGCAGCACUUUCUUGUGCAUUACCCACGUGCACUGAAACACCUUGGGCCACUGACCCAGUAUUCAGCAUUGCGUUUUGAAGCAAUGCACAGACCUUUCAAGCAGAUUGCCAGUGUAUCUUGCAACUACCAAAACAUUGUCAAAACAUUGGCUAACAGAUACCAAAUGGCACGGUGCUACAGGUCAGUAUCAAAUCAGUCACUGGAUAGCCAAGAUAUCAAUGUGUCACAGCAAGCUGCAGCAAUGCUUGGUGAUCUACUUGAUGAUGAGGCACUUUGCAAAAAAAUUAACUGUGGAAGGGGAACCGAAGUUACAGUUGCUGGGAAAGUGGACAUUCAUGGAUAUGAGUUCCGGGCAGGUGUUGAUGUACUUCUAUAUUGGACUGAUGAUGAUGGACCCACGUUUGGACGUGUUCAGCAUAUUGUAGUGGUGCAAGAAAAGUUGUAUCUGCUCCUUCGGCUGUAUCAGACCUUGUACUUCAACAGACAUGUUGAAGCAUUUGCAGUACAGGUGGGCAGAGAGGAAGCACAAGCUGCUGUUGAAUGGUGUGACCUGUUUGAUCACAGGCCAGUCAAUGCUGUCCAGUCCUAUAGUGGAAGAGGGCGCUGCUUGUAUAUUGUGGUGCACCAUUCAUUCAUCUAGGAACAAGAAGUAUCAUGCUGCAAAUCAACAAAGCAUGGAACAAGCAUCAACGUCGACAAGAAGCCCAUCAGUGUUCUCCUUAGAUGACUGCUCAGAUCUCUCUUGUGUAACAGGAAGUGAGUGGAGUCCCAGACAAAGCCCUUCCCAGCCCAGUUUGGAUACGCCACUUUACGACUCCCCAGAAUCCAAGAGUCCUGAUCAACAUCCUCCCCUGAAACGGGUCAAGAAAGUGCAUUUCAACAUUGCUUGUAUAUUGAGAGAGACCACCAUGGGAAGAGCAGCAUUAAGGAACAUCAAUGCUACAAAUCUCUGCAGCAAAAGGGACCGGCAUACUGUUGUGGAUAUGUUGACUCAGUACCUGAUACGGGAGUAUGGUACCAAGCCAAGCUCAUUUGUGAAGGCAUCAAUGGCCCAUGCCCUUGUGACAAGCUUUCCUUUCUUAAAAGAUCCAGAAUCUCCACUUGGCUAUGAGGCCUGGUACUGCGUGGGGGCCAAGGGACGGCCAGCAACAGGCUACCUGGAGGAGCAUCUGAGGUAUGUCAGAAAAAAGGAGAAGUCCCUGAGGGUACCAGUAGCUGAAGACGAGGCAGAGUCUCAAAAGCAAGGAGAUACUGAUCUUGAGUCUGUGAACGAUGAUAACAUCACGACAAUGGAAGAAUGGCUGCGUAACAACAAGGAGCCAGAGGACAUGGUGAAGGACUACAUGAAACAAACAGCAACAAAAAGACAUGACUGGAUCAAGAGAAGUGACUGUUGUGUGAAGAACAUUCUUACCACAUAUCCCAGACUUCUCGAUGCUGGAAUGAUUGAAGGAGAUUUUGCAGAAUUGUUCCCAGAGAAAGCAAACGCACUGUACCAGAAGUGGCCCACAUUCUGUAACAAAGUAGUGGACUUCACCGAGAAAACUGGCAACUGGAGAAGUGCAAGAGCCGAAUUCGAAAACAUUCAUGACCCUGGGAAACUCAGUCUUGAGGAAAAGAGCAAUCUUGGAUUCUACAUGCUCCCAGUCUUGUUCCGAGGAAGGAAAGAUUCCAAGAGAGGAACGUACACCACUGCAGAAACAUUGUCGUCCUUCAUUGACGUUCAACCAGAGGUUCUCGACAUCCAGACUUAUGUUGAUAACAUUGAUGAAGCAGUCAGGUCACAGCCAUUUGUUGUUGUGCGUGGGAACAUUCUCACACCAAUACAGGCGUACGUCGUAGUAGAGAGGAGGAUACUUCCUGCCGCAACACUGCUUAAAGCAGUCGACUUGUGCUUUAAGGCACUUUAUGUGAUGGAUAUCGAAUAUCAGCCGCAAAGCUGUUCUGUUUGGAAAUUUCUCCAGAUUGUGGUGUUCCAGUUUACCGAUGGGGAGCAUCUUACACCAAAGCUGCGGGAGGUCCGAGCCUUCAUGAACAUGCCAUAAGCCAUCAUGAUGUGUUCACGCCAAGGAUGAUUACUGGUGAUAUAUUUCCUACAGAUGAAACUGACACAUCAUCGUUUAGCACAUUUUGGCUACUUGAACCAGUUUAUUUUGGGAGAAAAAAAACUGGAAAAAAGUAUUAUUUUGGACAAAAUAACCUUAAAGACAAACUGUUAUGAGUUGGAUUCAGCACAUUAUUUUACAUAAUUUAGACAUGUUUGUGUAAGACUGAAGAUUUGAGGGUGGGGUGAGGAUCGCUGAAUAAUAUAAAAAAAAAAGAGAGAAUUUAUACACAGCAGAAGUCUUUGUGUACAUUUUAAAAAUGAUAAAGGCCUAAUUGUUUUAUCCCAAUCAUUGCUUAACAUCCCCACCUUGAAAGUUUAAGAAAACAAAUGAAUAUAUGCCAAGUAUAAAUACAAAACAUAUUAUUGGCUAUAAAUCUUUUGCACUGGCGUAUACAAAUGCUUAUCGUGUUUGGUCUUAAUCCCAAGAGUACUGUUUCAUAACUCGUACAUCAAAAUGAUAUAUUUCUUCAUAAAACAUGAGCUAUGAUAUUUAUGACGUUUAAAACAGCAAGUGGGGUAUAUGAUUGUAAAUUACAUAUACCAUUAAUUUUCAUGUAAUGUGUAUCGUCCAUUGACCCUACGCUGAACUCUCUGCUGAAUGGACUGCAUGCAUUAAUUUACAUCGCGCAAAGCAGAAGUAGAGAAGUCAACAUUUUCAUCUACAUUUUGCAAAAUUGUAUUGAUAUUAUUGAUAAUAUCAAUAAAAUCAAUCAAACUGAGUAUAGCAGGUAGGGUCAAUUGAUUUUUGUUGUCUUUAAUCUAAUCAAAAAGUUAUAGUAGGCAGUGUGUAUCCUUGUUAUUUGAUCAGUACCUGUUCACCAUCACAGAUAGCCAAACUUUCAUGUGGUACUUCUGCACAUGUCAAAUAAUCUAGAGGGAUUUGAAUUUAUUUCCUCUUUUUUUUUCACUUCAAAAAAAUGUGUGCAUGUGUAACACUCUAAGGCAGAGUAUUGGUGUGUCAGGAUAAAUGAACACUAUGCCACACAUGGGAGUACAUGGGAUACAUACAGUGUACAUCAAAGUUGUCAUGCUGCACCAAACAGGGGCUAUAUUUGCAUUUACUUUUUUUAAAAGGUUGUAUUUUUUUCACCAAAAAUUGUAAUGUUGUAGUUGAUGUGAACAAGUUUUGUUUUUACGUUUCUGAUGAAAACAACAACAUGUGUUUACUGUGUAUGUUAUUUGUGUUUCAGUUAAGCAAUUAUUACCCUUUAGAUGAGAAAAAGAGUUGAGCAAAUAGAUGUUAUGGAAAAAAUGUUGAGCAAUGAUUAUCCAACAGACGAAUUAAAAAGUUGGGCAAAUGGA